GCCGGCGCAGAGUGAACACGUUGCAGCGCGUAGAGCGCAACCGAACCAGGAUGUCACCGGCAGCGUCGUUUGCAGAACGAUGGGCCCAGGACAAUCUGAUCCGGGAUCCGUCUGCGGAAGAAUUGAAAGUCCUUGAUAUAUUCCCCCACACGUGUGACGGGGAUGAGAUCGAGGCAGCGAAGAGGGCGAGACGGUACUAUGUUGCAAGAGGCCCUGGAGGCUUAGCACAGUUAUGGCAUAACAGGCAUCCAGACGACGAGGAUAUUCUAUCAAGCUGUCAAGAUUCGUUUAUAAUCCCCCUGCGGGCGCGGAGCGUCGGCGGCAGGCGACUAACAUUAAUCAGAUUGCCGGCACCCACUGCAUUAGAUAGGCCCCUAUCAGCUAAAGCCCUUCUUACAAGAUGGCUUAUGAUAUUGGAUAUUAGAUUACGCGAAGAUCCAUCACCUGGUGAGGAGGUGGCUUUCAUUGACGUCUCGGAUUUGCAGCCCGCCCAUUUGAAAAGCCAUUUCAGAAAGUCAUAUUGGCGAGAUUUUUAUCUAUGUAUGAAGACAAUAUAUCCUCGGCGGUUCUCAGAAGUUCACAUUAUCAACGCCCAGCACCUGAAGACGAUUCCACUACUACUGCUCCAUAUAGGCUUAUACCCUUGGAAAAGACAGAGGGUACAAAUCCAUACAAAUACUGGAGAUGUCAAUCAGGCGAUGGGUCUAGACUAUUUUCCGAUAGAAGAACUUCCUUAUGAGUAUGGAGGAAAAGCUGGUGCUAUGAAGGAUCUGAAUGACGAAUGGACGAAGAAACUAUUACUAAACUCAAAAUGGUUACAAUCUGAAGAAAGGAAGUUCUAUGACACGGAAUUGAAACCAGAGUUGCGGUCGAGAACUCGCCACCGUAGCAGUGUACGUAGUUUUGGCAACAAUGAAUCCUACAACAUGUUGACUAGAACACACUCGUGUAAAUCUUUACACAGGCAUGAUGACCUUGAUGAAGGUAUAUACGGUGCAUAUAGAACUCUAAAACUGUCGACUGAUAUGGGAUAUUAUCUGUGAUUAUUAGUUUAUUUGACAAGUGCGAGCAAGAAUUCGUCACACACCUAUGGCAAUAAGAUAUAAUAUAUGUUACAAAAGAACACAUUCAUGUAAUUUUUUUACUGUCAUGAUGACCUUGAUAUAUGGUAUGCUUUAAAAAUGACGACCGAUAUAGGAUAUAUUUGAAUGUUAAUUUAUAAUUGCAAUAACUUAAGUGAGACUAUGAAUCUGUAAGGGCAAACACAUUGAGGAGAAAACAGUUGUGAAAAUGUUUACACCAGCAUGAUUACAUUGAUGUAUGGAAUAUGCAAUGUUUACAGAAAUCCAAAACUAGUGACCGAACAAAGAACUGGGGACAUAUUCAGUAAUUGUUCGUUUAUUUG